UCGUGCACGCACACAGACUUCUGCCCAAUGACGCGAGCGCGCAUCCGCCUCGAUACAACUCAAGAUGGCAACUGGACCAGAACACGGCUUGAAGAAAGUAGUUUGGCAAAGAAUCAAGGACACCAUCAUUACUGACUGCAGAAAGUCAGAAGUAUGGAAGAUCCUCAUCCUGGACCACUUUACCACCCGCCUUCUCUCCGCAUGCUGCAAAAUGUCGGAUCUCAUGUCAGAGGGCAUCACGAUUGUGGAAGACCUUUACAAGAACAGAGAACCAGUACCAGAAAUGAAGGCUGUCUACUUUAUGACUCCCACUGCCAAGUGUAUUGAUUCCUUCAUAAAUGACUUCAAGGUAAAACCCAAGUACAAAGCUGCCUACGUCUACUUUACUGACUAUUGUCCUGAUGAUCUCUUUGACAAGAUGAAGAAGAGCUGUGCCAAGUACAUAAAAGUGUGUAAGGAGAUCAACAUCUCAUUUCUACCGCAGGAAGCACAGGUGUUUACCUGUGAGAACCCAGAGGCCUUCAAGAACAUCUACAGCCCUCACUAUCAGGACCGAGAUCAGACUCUGGACCAACUUGCCAAUCAGAUCGUCACACUCUGUGCCACACUGGAUGAAUACCCUGGAGUGAGAUAUAAGAAAGAUUCAGCACUCGAUUAUGGAAAGAAAUUGGCUGAACUGGUGGAUAAUAAACUGGCACGCCAUUGUGAGAUGGAUGAAAACUGGAAAAAAAAGGGCAAGACACAGGCACAGCUUCUGAUCGUUGAUCGUGCAUUAGACCCUGUCAGCCCGAUACUUCAUGAGCUGACCUACCAGGCCAUGGCUUAUGACCUCAUACCCAUCAAGGACAACAUCUAUGAGUAUAAAGUAAAGGAUGGUUCUAAGAAAGAGGCCUUGCUGAAUGAAGAGGAUGAAUUAUGGGUCAAAUUACGACAUAUGCAUAUCGCUGAAGUCACUGAGCAAAUCCCCAAACUGGUGAAGGAAAUCUCUGCCAAUAAGCAGCAGGCCGAUGGGAAGAUCACAAUCGCAGGCCUAUCGCAGCUCAUGAAGAAAAUGCCUGCUUUCCGUAAACAGCUGGAUAAGAAAACCGUUCACUUAAAUUUAGCCGAGGAUCUCAUGACUCAUUACCAGAAGAAUGUGGAAAAACUCUGCAAAGCGGAACAGGAUCUGGCUGUAGGUGCAGACGCCGAAGGUCAGAAGGUCAAGGAUCCCAUGAGGACACUUCUUCCAGUACUGUUACAUCCCCACGAAACCCCAGACAAGAUUCGAGCCGUCCUCCUCUAUAUUUUCAGCCUGAAUGGUACGACAGAGGAGAACCUGAAUAAACUGAUUCAGCAUGUGAAGAUCGAGGGUGAGAGCGAGUAUAUCCUAAACUGGAAACAUCUUGGAGUUCCCAUCCUCUCUUCGUCAAGUUUCUUCUCAUUUCGUAAACAAUCUCGGAGGGAUCGUUCAGAUAGGGAGACUUAUAAUGUGUCUCGCUGGACACCUGUCCUUAAAGAUGUCAUGGAGGAUGCAAUUGAGAACAAACUGGAUGUUAAAGAAUGGCCGUUCCAGUCUGAAUGCCCGUCUGCGUUGAACGGCUCACGUGCUGUAAGUGCUCGACAGAAACACAAGGGCAGUUCUCCAGAUGAUCUCAGGAACGGCUCACGGCUCAUCAUCUUUGUUUUGGGUGGAGUCAGUUACUCAGAAAUGCGUUGUGCUUAUGAAGUCACUCAGGCCAAUAAAUCCUGUGAGGUCAUCAUUGGCUCCACACACAUCCUCACUCCACGCCGUCUGCUGGAAGACAUUUAUAACCUGAGCAAACAACCCACGGAAAGCUUUACUAUUGAGGAGGAGAAACUCUGAAGAGCCCUGUGAACCAUCCAUCCAUCUACACACACACACACACAAAUAUACAGACACACACAUACACAUAUACAGGCAGACACACACUGAACUGUAGGGAACAUAAUGAACUGCUUCUGUAAUAUCUUGUACAACAUUAAUUUUGAAUUAAAAAAAAUAAUUAUUCCUGUAAAUAUCACAAACACAAGCAAAUAAAAAU